GAUAUAUGCGCUAGCGAGUAGUCUGUGCUCUACGUCUCUUUUCCCACAGAACAUCCACUUCUGUGCCUUUUCCAGCUCAAUGUAGAAUUAGGCAAAUGUAUCCUGAGAAGUCGUUGAAUAUAAAUGAAAGUGCUGAAAUAGCCUUUUGACAUUAAUUAGUAAAAUGAUUGUAAGGUUAUUAUUUGGCUGCAAUUACGUCAUCACAGACAAAGCAAAUUGGGCCCUCCCAACAGAAACGUUAUUUAUCCUAGUCGCCUGUGGCAGCUGGCAGCAUCUCGUUUUUAUCUAUGGUUAAUUUGUACUCUGUGUUGUAGUCGUAAAUAGUGUGAUGGAAAGGUAGAAAUUCUCUGUGUGAGUUUAUCCGAAAAUAAAUAGUUGUAAUAUCUCAGUUCCUUUAGUUGCGUUUUUGUGCUUCGUGUACGGUGAUUCCAGUCCAACCUGUCCUGGCAGUAAGAGUAAAAUAGAAAAAAUCGUCGAGUAUUUCAAAUGUCAUAAACAUUCAUUAGCAACUGCACUAAUUUUUAUAUGAACAAAAAUGGACUUGUCAACUGGCAUAGGACAUUUAAAUCAAGAAAAUCAAGCUGCAGGCAACUGCAGUGAUGAGGACUCCUUAUUGGAUGGCAUCCUGGACCUGAGUGGACUGGAUUUGGACAAUGAAGAAACUUGGAUAUACAAAUCGCCUCAUGCAUCGGACACUGCAAAUGUGCAAGAUUGGCUCAGCGGAAAAUAUGAAUCUCAGCUGCCUCCUGAGUUCGCGUUUUCGAAGCUCAAGUCUUCAAGUGCCAUAGAUACGCGUACUUUCACUAGGCCAAAAAAGAAAAGUAGUCGACCUAGUAUCAACGAGAUAGAGCGAAUGUACAACAGCGAGAGCGAAGGAGCUUCCGGCGAAGAUAAACAGCAUUUUAGAUCUAAAGUACCGCAGACCGUUCAAGAAGAUCAGGAACUAGGGUCUGAAAUGGGACGGCCCUUAAAGUUUGAUUUGUCCCAGCCAACAAGCAACUACAACUUAGAUAGUUUUAUUAGCAGCGAACUUUCAAUGGUUUCGUCUAAUAUGUCCCAGCUGUUCGACACGUCGCCACCCAGCCUGAUGGAUUCGCUCACAUUUUCAAAUAUAAUGGACAGCAGCUUUAUUAAAAACGAUGCAGUUCUACACAAAAUUCGGGACAAGGACUAUACGGAAACUGUGUUACUACAGGAUUUUGAAGCGCCCAUGUUCCAGAGUAUUAGUGAGAGCUGCAGUAGUUUUAACUCAGACACGCCAGAGAACUUCUUAAAGAAGGUGACACGAGAACACAAUUGUAGAAAUAGCUCAACUGUGAUCGAGAAUAAUGAUGUUACUAUUACGCCAGAUCGAGUAUUUUCUUUGGCUGCAUCCAAUCCAAGCGAUCACUCAGAGCCGCGAGCGGGAAAUUCCCCGUCUGCGGAAGAAACAGAUCCAAAUUUACCCCAUAUUGCCGAUGAACCGAACAAGAACAGCAAUCAUUCAAUUGCUCAAAAUUAUUCUGGAAUCUUAAAUGGAACAUAUCGUCGCCCAUUGAAGCACAAUGGAACCUUUACAAAGGCGGAUUACACGAAUAAUCGACUAAGUGGCGUUAAGGUCCUACAGAACUCCAUUCAUGGGGCUAGUGGUUUAGAAAAUGAUAUUAAAGGCAUUGAAAACUCGAUGAAUCACAGCAAUACCGGCAAUUCCGAUAAGCUACACUCGACCAUCACCAAAUACAAUAAUGCGGAGAUUUUACGGAGCGAUAGCGUUGAGGAAAUGAAGAAACGGUUCUCUUCAUGUUCGUCGAGUAUUGAGCAGCUGAUUGGGAUGGGUUGUAGCCAGGAGGAUAUUAAAGAGGACUUGAAUGCCAAAUAUACUGACAAUAAAGUUGCUAGUGAAACCACCCGCACUAUGGACAUGAAGCGGUCUUCGCUUGGUUCGACAGACAGUUUGGACCGCAUGAGUAGCGUGUCUGGAAGCAGUAGAGGUUCGCAUAAACGCAUGAGUAUGGAAGAUGUUCAUGCUAUAGCCGAACUGCAGGAACAAAGCUUACAUCAAGCCAUGUCAACUCCAAACGGUGUCGUCGGAAAGCGUAACUUCCUAUGGAACACCGAGAUUUUAUCACCAAUUACUGUUAAAGAAAACUUGUCCGAUUCGGAGUUGUCUGAUGAAUAUAAAAGUGUUAAAUCGCACGCUUCAUCCAAGAUAACAUUGAAAACGUGGGAACCGCCCAGUGCCAAAAGUUUAAGUUGUUUAGCCAUCAAUAAGGAGCUGAAGCUCAAAACGAAUCAAAGAACUGCGUACACCCUAGCCGGCCAGAGGCCUGUUCAAGCUCUCCAGAGUAACUUGCGAGGAUCUUGCACGAAUAUAAGUUCCAUGAAAUGCACUAAUACCAGUUUGGGUGGUUCGCAUCAAAACUUAUAUAAAUCACCUAAACCACCAAUUGCCAGCCAGCAACCAAUUAAGCCUGCUAUGGUCAGUAAUUUGAAAACGAUGGGGUCCAAGUUGAAAGGAUCGUAUACCAGUCUACGACCGAUCAGUGCCAAUUUGCCCGUAGUGCCACCCAAAGAUAGUACGAACGAAAUGAAUGCCACUUUUUGCAGGCCUCAGACUGCUGGCCGACCGCUUAUGGCCACCACAACUCAAAGUAGUACCUUUACUAGAAAUAACGCUCUACCAGCAACUCGGACAAUUUCAAGUCAGCCAGCAUUAGAUGGCACUUUUGUGCAGCCUCAAGUAGUGCGAGCCAGCGGUUUGCCUAGACCUACUGGUAUUCCCAGACCUGCGUCUCGAAUACCAGGUCCGCGCAGUAACAUCCUCAGGCCUACGUCGUCCAGAAAUAAGAAUUACUGACAGAUACUAACGUUAGAGUCUCUAUCUAAAACCCAUUUGUGCCUUAAUGCGACUCUCAGAACAUUUGCAGUGUAUACGAAUGUAACAUAUCUGCCCCCAAUAAACUAAUUAUUUUGCCAGAUAAUGUUUUGAAUUUAAGUAACGGUUUUAUAAUGAUUUUUGGGGUAUUUUGGAGAUAUUUUAUCCAUAUACAUCCAUACUGAAGGUUGAAUUCAAACCCAUGGACUUCUGGAAUGUUUCAAUUUCGCAGAUGACUGGUCUUGUUUUUUUGGUUUGUGCAUUUAAUGAUUUUUUUGUGAAAAUGUGAUUUUUAACUGUUGUGAUUAUUGGAAUAUUAACUUUGCACAAAUUCUAUCUGUCGGAUUGUUGAGAACAUGUUGAAACAGCAGUUAUAUCGUCUUGUGAAAGUUGUGAAAGUUGCUUCUUACUAACAGUUACAAUAAUCUACAAAUAACUCGUUUCUAUGAAUCUUCAUUUUGACUCGAUUAUAAUUAAAAGUAAAGGAAUUUUCUAUUGUACAUAAGAUUAAAUUGUAGGAAAUGAAAAAUAUAUUUUGUAUAUAAGCAAAUUUUGUAAACUUAAUGCCGACUGAUAAUUUAGAUGGGAAAGCGGUAGAAACGUACAAUUGUCUUGCAUGGCAAAAACAAACUGUUUCGUAUCUGAGGUUGACGUUCAAAAAGCGAGCGAUUUUCAGUGCCUUUUUAGUAAAGCAGCGCUUCUUAUGAUAGACAUGUUAAUUAGUACUAAUUAACGUUAAGAACUCCAGGAUUGCGUGACAGGGUCUUUGUAGCGAUAGUAUUCAUGUGUUGUACUUUGAUUCUAUGUCUUUUGAUUCUAGUCGAUAUUUUAACCCGCCAAUGUAGGCUCUAGAAAUUUCGAAAAAAUCCUUUUCUGAAUAUCAAUGCGAACGUUUCACUAAUUUUUGGAACUUUCCCUCAGCUGAACUAAAUGACAUGGUUUUUUUGCAUCUCCCAUCGUUUAUGGUAGUUAAAUGUUAUUGGUUGAUGAUGAUAAAUAAGUUUCGACGUAAGAAUUCGGAGCGCCUCCAAGAGACUCGACAAAUGAAACUAAAGAUUGUACCUAUAGGUCCUAAUAUGUAAGAUAAGAAUUUAUUAAUUGUGAAUCUGAUUACGAUAUAGAUUAGUUAGUUAUUUAAACGAGAAACUAUUUUAGAUGAAUACUGUUUUUACUACUGCUCAAUAAAUUAAUUUAUAACAA